ACGACGGAGCACCGCGGGGGAUGCGUGGGAGGAAGGGCCUCCUGGGAAAGAAGUUUUCCGUCGGCUGGAUUGAAUCACAACCUACUCCUGGUUCCACGUUCCCCUUUAAUUGGCGUGGCCGCAUGCCUGCAAGGAUCUGGAUCGCGAUUGGCCAGUCCGUGCCGUGCCUUGGCGGCACGAUUGGCUGAAACGCUGGGCCCGGACAGCAUGCCCCCACGGGAUUGGUCACAGACCCCCAGGCCCCGCCUCCUCCGCGGUCGGGCCGCGUGGGGAAGGGCCGCGGACCGCAGGGGCGAGCGUGCUCCGAAAACAUGGCGGCGGCGGCGGACCUCGCCCAGAUCCCCGACGUGGAUAUCGACUCCGAUGGCGUCUUCAAGUACGUGCUGAUUCGAGUACACGCCGUGUCGCCCCCCGGGACCCCAGCCGGGGAGAGCAAAGAGAUCGUGCGCGGCUACAAGUGGGCCGAGUACCACGCCGACAUCUACGACAAGGUGUCAGGCGAGAUGCAGAAGAAGGGCAUCGACUGCGAGUGCCUGGGGGGCGGGCGCAUCUCCCACCAGAGCCAGGACAAGAAGAUCCACGUGUACGGCUACUCCAUGGGUUAUGGUCGCGCCCAGCACUCCAUCUCCACUGAGAAGAUCAAGGCCAGGUACCCAGACUACAGCGUCACCUGGGCCGACGACGGCUACUGAGGCCCCCCCGGAGCCCGACUGUCUCCGGCAGCCUCCUCAGGACUCUGCCCGUGAGACCCCCUCCCGAGGGGCUGGGCUGCACCCCCUGGCACUUUGCCACCUGGCCAGGCCUCAGUGCCCGGGGGUCCCUCUCCUGGGAGAAGUAAAAGCAUCGUCACCCCCGCUGGUCCCUGGAUGCAGUGUGUCUUGGCUUCUCUGUUUUUCCAUCCUCUCUCUGGACCCCGACUAGGGUGGGUGGGUGGCUGGGCUGAGGCAGCCUGGCCGCCCCUGACCCAGCGCCACCUCUGGGGCCCAGGGAGUGGCGGUGCACACUCAGCCCUUUGGGGUCUGAUAACGGGGCCCCAGGCUCCUGCCCCCGUUUAUGGCCUCAUUACUUCUCCACACUCCCACUCUCCCCAAGGACAUCAAGAGGAGGCCUGACAGGUCUUUUACGCAAGGAGCUAGGGCCAAGUCCCUCGGGCCUGCCGACACAGGGCCCAUCCCGGCUGCCAGCUGAGGUCACGAGUGAUUCCCAGAUCGGGUCCCACCGCCCCUGCCCCGCAGCCACAGACAGGCUCCCACCCGGAGAGCAGGGAAGGUUUCAGACUUGGAGCUGGGGCCCCUCUCCCAGGAACCCCCGCCUCCUCCUGGCACAGGGCUCUGGGCAGUGCAGGUGGCAUAGGGGAGGGCAGAGCUGCCCCUGUGGCUCAUCACCUGGAGUGUGGGCAUGCCCCAUUGAGGCUGUGACCCCUCUGUGCCCGCCUUCUGUGCCCUCCCAGGGCGCUCUUGGUAGCCUCUCCGGGCAGGGGAUUGGGCUUUACAGAUGAGGAAACGGAGGCUCAGGUGAGACUAGCUACCAAGGCCAUGCAGUGCCAAACAGCAGGUGAGCCUGCUCCAGAUCCUCCACUGGGGUCGGCACCUCCAAGCCCAGAGCCCCUAGGUCCGUCUGGAGCCUGAGCCUGGCAGCGCUCACCCCACUGUGCUCGGGACACCUGCUGAUGAAUAAACAGCCCUCGUUUGUAAGCGAACAAGUGAAGAAAAACUCACACUCUAUGGUACAGAGGGGACAGUGUCCCUGGUGGCUAGGGCUGCCCCUCCCCCAGGGGCCGGGUGUGGGGUUUGCACAAGCUGGCUUCCAGGUGGCAGCCUGGGCUGGGCUGAGUUCAGCUCCCAGCAGGUGUGGGGACAGAGGCCCCAGGAGAAACAGCCAAGGCCAAUGCCACUUGGUGGGGCUUCCACGGGCAGGAAGGGUGGCCAGGGCCUGAUCUUCGGCCUCAAGGAGCCAGGCAGGGGGGAGCCUCCCUGGGCCAGGGGCCCCUGUCCCGAGUGCUCUUCCAGCCGGCUGGUCGUCGGUGCAGGGUGGGGCCGGGCGUGGGGCCACGGGUAUAGAAGGGGCUGAGCCCUGUCUCCAGUUGGAGCAGAGUCAGCCUGUGGGGCCUUGAGCUGAUAACCAGGCAAAGUCCCCACCAGGCUGGUCAGUGUACACACCGCUCCCCGGCCUGGCCAUGCCUCUGCCCGGCCACCUCCUGCCCGCGCUGGUCCUGCUCCUGGGUGAGUCAUGGGGCCUGGCUCCUGAAGCAGGAAUGCCCUGGGCUGCCGUGUUGGGCCUGUGGGGAAGGAGGGGUGCGGGGCUGCAGCGGGGACACAGGGCGAGCCCUCGGGGUCCCGAGGACUGUCCCGGCGGGGAGGCAAGUGUCCUGCUCCGCCUGGCCAUGGCCUCCAGCCAGGCUGCAGGUGAGAGGGCCCUGAAGGCAGGUGCUCAACCUCUGCUCUUGACCUGGGUGGAGCAGGGGAGGGCUGGGCCGCCCAUCCAUGCGUCCCCUGGGGAGGGCACCCUUCUGGCAGCCCCUCGGGGUCCUUGCUGGCCUCCUGCACGUCCCCAGGGAGCGUCCCCAUCAGGGGCUUUUGCCCGUGCACCCCCAUCCUAACACUGAGCCGGCCUCUCCAGGGCCAGACGUGAUCUGCUUGGCCCUGACGGGAACCCCCAGGUGGCAGUUCUCUGUGGGUUCCAGGCCCCCAGACACCGGCUCAGGCCGCGACCUGAACGACCUUCUGGCCGGGACCCCAAAGCAGGGUGACCGUUGUCCCAGGCCGCCCAAGUCUGAGCAGUUUCUGGGCCAUGGAACUGGCCUGGGCAAACUGCACCAUGGGCUCUCCCUGCUCUGGGCCACUUGGCUGUCUCUCUGCUGGCAGCAGGGUCCCUGGGCUGGGCCUGGGUCCCCAACCGCUGCAGGGCCCCCCGCGAGGCUGUGUGCAACUUCGUGUGUGACUGCAGAGGCUGUCCCGACGAGGCCCAGUGUGGUUACCACGGGGCCCCGCCCGCCCCCGGCACCCCCUUCUCCUGCGACUUCGAGCAGGACUUCUGUGGCUGGCGAGACAUCAGCACUUCAGGAUACAGCUGGCUCCGAGAGCGGGCAGGGGCUGCGCCCGGGGGUCCGGGGCCGCGCUCAGACCACACUCUGGGCACUGACCUAGGCUGGUAUGCGGCUGUUGGCACACACCGCGGGAAAGAGGCGGCCACCGCAGCCCUGCGGUCCCCCGUCCUGCAUGAGGCAGCCCCCACCUGUGAGCUGAGGCUCUGGUACCACGCGGCCUCUGGAGAUGUGGCAGAGCUGCGGCUGGAGCUGACCCACGGUGCAGAGACACUGACUCUGUGGCAGAGCUCGGGGCCCUGGCGCCCAGGCUGGCAGGAGCUGCUGGUGACCACUGGCCGCAUCCGGGGUGACUUCAGGGUGACCUUCUCUGCCACUCGAAAUGCCACCCACAGGGGCGCUGUGGCCUUGGACGACAUGGCCUUCGGGCGCUGUGGGCUGCCCACCCCCCAGGCUCGCUGUCCCCUGGGGCAUCACCAUUGCCAGAACAAGGCCUGCGUGCAGCCCCACCAGCUGUGCGACGGGGAGGACAACUGCGGGGACCGUUCGGAUGAGGACACACCCACCUGCAGCCACCACCUGGCCACGGAUUUUGAGAUGGGCUUGGGCCUGUGGAACCACUCGGAGGGCUGGGCCCGGAACCACAGCACAGGCCGCCCCCAGCACCCUGCCUGGCCGCGCGGGGACCACAGCCGGAACAGCGCUCAGGGCUCCUUCCUGGUAUCCACGGCUGAGCCCAGUGACCCUGCCAUCCUCUCUAGCCCCGAGUUCCAGGCCUCUGCCCCCCACAACUGCUCGCUGGUCUUCUAUCACUAUCUGCAUGGGUCCGAGGCUGGCUGCCUCCAGGUGUUCCUGCAGGCUCGGAGCUCUGGUGCCCCCCAGACCCCCGUCCUGCUGCGGGGGCGCCGCGGAGAGCUGGGGGCCGCCUGGGUUCGAGACCGUGUCGACAUCCAGAGCGGGCGCCCCUUUCGGAUCCUCCUGGCCGCGCAGACGGGGCCCGGGGGCGUCGUGGGCCUGGACGACCUCAUCCUGUCGGACCACUGCAAACCAGCCCUAGAGGGGUCUGGCCCGCCCCCAGGUCCCUGGCCCCAGCCGUUCAGCCUGCAGCCCCGGAAUUUCUGUGAGCCCGGACAUCUCUUUUGCGAGGACCUGUGCGUCCCCCCGGAGCAGCUGUGCGACUUCCAGCAGCAGUGCCUGGGGGGAGAGGACGAGCAGGAGUGCGGUAGGGGCGGGGCUAUGGAGCCACGCCUCCCUCCCUCCCGACCCUCCCCGCUGCCGGAGUGGGCGGGGCUGUGGAGCCACGCCUCCCUCCCUCCAGGUCCUCCCCACUGCCGGAGGGAGCGGGGCUGUUGAGCCACGCCUCCCUCCCCCGACCCUCCCCGCUGCCGGAGUGGGCGGGGCUGGGGAGCCACGCCUCCCUCCCUCCAGACCUGCUCCACUGCCGGAGGGGGCGGGGCUGUGUAGCCACGCCUCCCUCCCUCCAGACCCUCCCCGCUGCCGGAGUGGGCGGGGCUGGGGAGCCACGCCUCCCUCCCGCCAGACCCUCCCCACUGCCGGAGGGGGCGGGGGCGGGGGCCCGAGACCAUUCCCGCCGGCUGCUGUUGCAGGCACCACGGACUUUGAGGACCCCUCGGCCGGGGGUUGGGAGGACGCCAGCGUGGGGCGCCUGCAGUGGAUGCGUGUCUCGGCCCAGGCGAGCCGGAUCCCCGGAGCGGACGCUGCCGGGAAUGUUGCUGGACACUUCCUGUCCCUGCAGAGGGCCUGGGGGCAGCUGACAGAGGAGGCCCGGGUUCUCACACCCCUCCUGGGCCCCUCAGGCCCGCGCUGUGAACUCCACCUGGCCUACUAUUUUCAGAGUCAGCCCCAAGGUACUGCUGUCCCUCUGGGCCCUCUGGCAAGCCCUGGACAGGGGCCGUAUGUGUGUGGGGGGGGGCGGGGACCGCCCACGGUCACCCCUCACAGGCUUUCUGGAGCUGGUCGUGGUGGAGGGCAGUCGGCGUGAGCUGGUGUGGCAGGCCCCUGUCCACAGCCCUGUGGGCUGGAAGAUGGACACCAUCCUUCUUGGGGCUCGCCACCGGCCCUUCCGGCUGGAGUUUGUUGGGCUGGUAGACUUGGACGGCCCUGGCCAGCAGGGCGCUGGAGUGGACCACGUGACCCUCAAGGACUGCAGCCCCACGGUGGCCACCGAAAAAGACGCAGAGGUCUCCUGUAACUUCGAGCGGGACACGUGCAGCUGGCACACCGACCACCUCACAGAUGCCCAUUGGCGCCGGGUUGAGAGCCAAGGCCCCAGGUUCGACCACACCACGGGCCGCGGCUACUUCAUGCUCCUAGACCCCACGGAGCCCCCAGCCCAGGGUCCCAGCGCCCACCUGCUGACCCAGCCCCAGGCACCCACAGCCCCUCAGGAGUGCCUCUCCUUCUGGUACCACCUCCACGGGCCCCAGAUCGGGACCCUGCGCCUGGCCAUGAGGAGAGAAGGGGAGGCAGACACUCAUCUGUGGUUGAGGUCUGGCACCCACGGCAACCGCUGGCACGAGGCCUGGGCCACCCUCCACCACCCGCAGGACACCAGCGCCAAGUACCAACUGCUGUUCGAGGGCCUCCGGGACGGGUACCACGGGACCAUGGCAUUGGACGACGUGGCUGUGCGGCCUGGGCCUUGCUCGGCCCCCAAGCGCUGCUCCUUCGAGGACUCGGCCUGUGGCUUCUCCACGGGAGGCCAGGGCCUCUGGACACGCCAGACCAACGCCACAGGCCAUGCCGCCUGGGGUCCCCACGCCGACCACACCACAGAGACGGCUCAGGGGCACUACAUGGUGGUGGACAUGAGCCCGCAGGCUCUGCCCCGCGGCCACGUGGCGUCCCUGACGUCGGAGGCACACAGGCCCCUGGCCCAGCCUGCCUGCCUGACCUUCUGGUACCACCUGAGCCUGCGCAACCCAGGUGAGGGGCCGCUGGGACCAGGGGCCCCUGGGAGCCCCCACCCAAGAGCCCUGAGCGGGCAGUCUCCCUGCCGCUGCUGACGGGGCUGCGCGGGCGGCAGGCACCCUGCGGGUCCACGUGGAGGAGGCCAAGAGGCGGCAGGUGCUCAGCAUCAGCACCCACGGCGGGUUCGCCUGGCGCCUGGGCAGCGUGGACGUGCAGGCCGAGCGGGCCUGGAGGGUGGUGUUUGAGGCUGUGGCCGCGGGCGUGGAGCGCGCCUACAUUGCCCUGGAUGACCUGCUUCUCCAGGAUGGGCCCUGCCCUCGGCCAGCUUCCUGUGACUUCGAGGCCGGUCUGUGUGGCUGGCAUCAUCUGCCCUGGCCUGGCCUGGGCGGGUACAGCUGGGACUGGAGCAGCGGAGCCACACCCUCCCGCUACCGCCAGCCCCCUGUGGACCACACCCUGGGCACAGAGAAAGGCCACUUUGCUCUCUUCGAAACGGGUGUGCUGGGCCCGGGGGGCCGAGCGGCCUGGCUGCGCAGCCAGCCACUGCCUGCCACCGAGGUCUCCUGCCUCCGCUUCUGGUACCACAUGGGCUUUCCCGAGCACUUCUACAAGGGCGAGCUGAGGGUGCUCCUGAGCAGCGCGCAGGGCCAGCUGGCUGUGUGGGGCACAGGCGGGCACCUGCGGCACCAGUGGCUGGAAGGCCGGGUGCAAGUGGCCAGCGCUGAGGAGUUCCAGAUCGUGUUUGAAGCCACUCUGGGUGGCCAGCCGGCCCUGGGGCCCAUUGCCCUAGACGACGUUGAGUAUCUGGCCGGGCAGCAUUGCCAGCAGCCUGCACCCAGCCAGGGGGACAGGGCAGUGGCCACAUCGGUGCCAGCCAUGGUUGGUAGUGCCCUCCUCCUCCUCGCGGUGCUGGUGCUGCUCGGACUUGUAGGGCGACGCUGGCUGCGGAAGCGGGCGGGCUGCCCCUCCGGGGGCGAGUCGGAGGCCCCGGCCCCUGGCUUCGACAACAUUCUUUUCAACGCGGAUGGCAUCACCCUGCCAGCGUCAGUCACCACCGAGCAGUAGACAAUCCAGAGAAGACGCCAGCUGCUCCAGAAGUCCCCAUCCCUCCCCAGGACCCUAGCCCAGCACUACCUGCACCCUCACGCCUGGGUGUGGUCGUCACCCCAACAAUAGCCCUAGCUCACAGAGACACCCCGGCCACUGAGGUCGAAGUCUGCGCGUCCUGCUCCCUGCGUCCCCAGACCCCCCCACCUGCCUGAGAGUCAUGCUUGGGGGUACCUCCCACGUGUGUGUGACUCAGGUGACAGGAAACAAGCAGACCACAAGAGACAGGACCAGGGCCUAAAGGCACCGGGAGGCAGAGGUGGGGCACCCCGAGAAGCCCCAGCCCAGCCAGGUGGGACGCUGACCCCGGGCCCAUCUGGGGGAUUCUGCAUCCAGAUAAAGCCAGACAGAAACCCCCACAGGUACAGGCGACAGACGGGAGCAGACACAGGCCCGAGGUGGCCUGGAGCUGGGCUGGUGGGGGUGCCCUGAUGUGUGCAUGGUGCCAGAUAAGGGCCCGCUCUGUCUCCUCGCCACAGUAAGGCUCCUCUGUCCAGUGUCCCAAAUAAAGGUCGCUGUGUGACGUGUCCCAA